AAGUCAGACAUGUUGAAGAACUUCCUAAAACCAAAAUCUUUGACCAAGAAGAUUUCAAGUCUUUUUGAUAACAGAGAUCUCCGAUCACUUGAGGUACUUUUGAGCAGAGUCAUGGCGAAAUCCCUCGAGAGUGAAAAUGGCCACCUGGACCUGUUUGUUCGCUUCCUUCAUGGCCUCUCUCUGGAGUCCAACCAGAGACUCUUAGGAGGUCUGCUGGGUCAGACAGAGAUCAGUCAGGAAACCAUUCAGGGUGUCAUCAACAACCUGAAGGAGAUGAACAGUGAUAAAAUCUCUCCUGACAGAAGCAUCAACAUCUUCCACUGUCUGAUGGAGAUGAACGACCUCUCAGUACAUCAGGAGAUCCAAGAGUUCCUGAAGUCAGAGAACAGAUCACAGAAGAAACUCUCUGAGAUCCAGUGCUCAGCUCUGGCCUUCAUGCUGCAGAUGUCAGAGGAGGUUCUGAAUGAGUUGGACCUGCAGAAGUACAACACAUCAUGGGGGGGACGACAGAGACUGAUUCCAGCUGUGAGGAACUGCAGAAAGGCUCGACUGACUCGGUGUCGACUCUCAGAGACUCACUGUGAAGUUUUGGCCUCAGCUAUGAAGUCCAACCCCUCCCAUCUGACAGAGCUGGACAUGAGUUGGAACAACCUGCAGGAUUCAGCAGUGAAGCUUCUGUGUGCUGGACUGGAGAGUCCAAACUGUCGACUGGAGACUCUGAGAUUGUGGAGCUGUGGUUUGUCAGAGAUCAGCUGUGAUUAUCUGGCAGCAGCGCUGAAGUCCAACCCCUCGUAUCCCAAAGUACUGGACCUGAGUGGAGACUACAACAAGCUGCAGGAUUCAGGAGUGAAGCAGCUGUGUGUUCUUCUGGAGAAUCCACGAUGUCGAUUUGAAACUCUGAGGUCAUACCCGCUGUACGUAGUACGCGAUCUGCGCAUACUACGAAGCGUGCGGUCACUGGAUUGGGACACAGCCAUUGUUACAAACUGA